AUGGAAGAAGAGGCCAUCAAAAGAAAGGAAAGACUCGAAGCCCUUAGAAAAAGGAAGCUGGGAUCCUCUGUAAACAACAGAACCACCGAAGAUUCCGAAAAGAAGCUUUCAUUCAGAAGUUACACACCUGCCGAUGAGAAAUUGAAACAGCACGUCAAGAUUGCUACACCAGAUGACAUUGGAGAAACAGUCGAGACUGAAACAAAAGAAAUCACCAAGGAAGUACUUGCCAAAGCAGCUGAUCUUUUCAAUCUGGCUCCCAAAAAAGCUAACUGGGAUCUCAAACGUGAUGUCGAAAAGAAGUUGGAGAAAUUGGACCGAAGGACUCAGCGUGCAUGUAUGUACGCUGGUAUGGAUAUUGGCACUGAUAUCGGCGUGGAUACGGAUGUGGAUGGCUGUGUGGAUGGUUGUGUGUAUGUGUAUAUGGGAGUGAGAGUAAGUCAACGUUUGACUGAGGAAGACGCAGCAGCAGGAGGAAACCAAUCAAACCUUGCUGAAGUAGUUGCCAACGCAGAGGCACAGCAAAAAUUGGAAGCUCAAGAUGAAUAA